GUGUGGUUAAGAGUAAGCAACGAAAGGAAAAUUCAACAUCUUGGAAAGUGGGCUUUUGGCAGCGUAACAGGAUCCGGAAGUGGUACCAAAGUGAAGGAAACCAAACAACUAGAAUCAAUUUGGAAGUUGAUAAAAUGCUUCGAUUGAUAUUGCUAGUGACGCUGCUGGCGUCACCAACCCUAACGCAGAAAGCGGAAAAGCGACGGGCCUUCUAUCGUAGAACAACAACCACAACGGUUGCUCCGGUGCAGGAUGACAGUGACAGUUCGGAGAGCAAAAACUCCGAUAGUGGCGCCGGUGAAGGACUUUACACUGUGAGCGAUUCGUUCGCCAUCAACGGUGGAUCUUCGUCGUCCUCGUCCGGGGAUAGUAUUGGCAAGGGAAGCUCUUUCAAGCCUAUCACGAGCAAUGGAGACAAACUGACGUCGUUUUCAGAGUACAAUUUUGGUGGAACCAAGCUUUCCGACUCCGGUGACUCAAACUCGGACGAAGAUUACGGAUUCAAAAACCACAAAUCACAAUUACCGACUAACAGUUUCAAACCGAGUGGAUCAUUUGACUUUUUGAACAAUGACUUUUCCAAAACUUCCCUGGACUCGAAACCUAAAACCUCUGUGACCAAUAAAUUCACCAUUUCCCAUCCAACUCCCACGAAAACAUCAUACACGGGUAGGUUAGACCAUUUGGACGAUUCCACGGAGUAUGAAAUAUACUCGAAUCUGAAGACCGGCAGCAACUACAAAGCCCAGAAGAAAAACUAUGCUGGGACGGCCGGUUCAUUACCCUUUUCGACCUUUUCAGGUUCAUCUCUGGGCUUCGACGGCAAGGUAAAAAAGCUGCCUUCCAGCUACGAUGACUUUGGACUAGGAUCGACGACUUCUCUCAAGAACAAGAAGAACAAACUAUCACUUGACGAUGACACGUUCGGUGGAGUUGGAUCGUUUGGCGUCAGUAGCAAUUUCGGUGUCGGUAAGCUAGAAAAUAUCUAUUCCAGUGGUGGUAAAAAAAAGAAUCCUUACGGGUUCGGUGAGCCACCACUGGUGAAAUCUGCUGUAUCGACACUGAAAUAUUUUGGUGAAGGACUUUUAGGUAAACCUGAGAAAGCAUCUUCUUCCCUUUACGACAUUGACAGUAUCGAGGGUGGUUUUGGAAGUUCGAAAUUCAAACCAUACGGAAAAGGUAGCAGUUUGAAGAACAGCUUUCAACUAGACGAUAGCGACGAAUCCGACGAAGCAUUCGUCAAGCAAAAGUUUCCAAAACCGCACUCAUCAUACGGCCCCAAACCACAGAAGCCCAUCACUCCAGAGUACGAAAGCGACUUCGAUGUGAAAAACAUCAAGCUGCCCGGCGCUCACAACAAGUUCCGACCACACUCACAUACUAAACCGACCCUACACAAAUCCAAACCACACGGUUCCGACAUUGACAAUCCCAACCCGCUUGAGUUUCGACCCAACUUUAAAUUACAAGAUGUACCCAAUCUGUAUCCUGAUGAACAUCUAGGUGCCGGCAUCGCUGCUAAAGGGCAGAUUGAGAACUUCCUGAAUGCCGAACAUGCGUUCAAAAAUGAAGGCUUCCGACCGACACACUUCCAGCUUUUGAAGAGCCAGGAGGACGAGAAACUCGAGAAGGAAGCACUGAAAGCACAGAUCGAAUUCCUGAAAGCACAGGCAGCCAAACGUCCGGCCGAGCUCCGGCAGCGUCCACCAGGUCCGGGGCCGUUCCCGCCGCAUGCGCAUGGUCCUCGAGGUCGACCGGUUCGUCGCAUCCCGGGACACAACGUUCCGCUGGGGAUCAAGGGACCAUCGCUGCCACCGAGGGUCCCACAUUUCAACGAUCGGCCGUACAGUAUUAGUUUUAAGCUAUAGAUGAUUAGUUAAGAGUCAGCUGGACUUGAUCGUUAGUGCAAUUUACCUUGUGUUUUUAGCGUUAGUGCAUCGUUAGUAGCCCAAGAUUUUAGUAUUAAUUUAUUUAUUUAAUGUAGCUUCUAAGAGGAAAUUUUG